CUCGGCUAUGUGCCAAAUUCGUAACGUUGCAUGUUUCUUUCUUUUUUAAUCCCCGAUGAGCUCACUUUUUCCUCACGAGUUCUUUCAUCUUAAACGACGCCUUUUCCUCCCCUGCUCGGUGGUGCUUCAUCUCGUUUUACACGGACAGGUUGUCGGUUCAUUGAAGAUUGCAAACGAUGUCAAAGAGUAGAAUCUUGUCGAGGGCCGAGAUAGAGCACAGGAUUGCGCUUGGUGAUGCCAUUGUCAUCUACAAUUCGCACGUUUUACGGCUGAACAAUUGGAUCAAGUUCCAUCCAGGUGGUGACAAAGCUGUGUAUCAUUUGAUCGGACGGGACGCCACGGACGAGAUGGUUGCGUAUCACUGUGAUGAGACACAGGAUACUUUCCUGCGUUGGAAGAUUGGCGAGAUUGACUACAAAUGGGAGAACAUGAGGCCUCCAAUCCAAGGUGGUGUGUACCGGACUUUGGAUGAGCAGAAGGGCACCAAAGAGGUGUUGUCGGACUCUGCAGGGAGUGAUUCGACACUGACUGAUGAGAAGUGCACCCGGAGUCCCAUGGCUGGCGAGGUGCUGGUGGCGAAGAUUGUUCCUCCAAUCGAGGGCGACUUGAUUCCGUCUCUUUCUACGAAAGAGGCUUACGAACGUCAGGUGAUAACAGACCCUGCGAGUGUCAUAACGAACUAUGACCAUUCGCUCGUGGAGCAAGAUAUCAGAAGCCUUCCAGCGUUGGAUCCUGAAACACAAGAGUUUCUAUCAAAGGAGUACAACAAGCUGCACGAACAAGUGAUCGAAGGAGGGUUCUACCAAUGUGACUAUUGGGCCUAUGGUCGUGAGGCACUGCGGAUUGGAAGCCUCUUCACAGCCUCUUUUGUAUUGCUCUAUUUCAAGUGGUAUUUUGUAUCUGCCGUGUUCAUGGGGUUGGCAUGGCAGCAAUUGGUGUUCAUCGCUCAUGAUGCUGGCCAUAUUAGCAUCACUCAUAACUACCAGGUGGAUAACAUCAUUGGAAUGACGGUGGCAUCGUGGAUCGGUGGACUGUCACUUGGAUGGUGGAAACGUAACCAUAACGUUCACCACCUCAUAACCAAUGAUCCAGUUCAUGACCCGGACAUCCAGCAUUUACCAUUUUUCGCAGUUAGCUCAAGACUCUUUGGCAACGUCUACUCAACCUAUUACGACAAGUUUCUCUGGUUUGAUAAGCUUGCUCAGAAGAUGAUUCCAAUCCAAAACUACCUAUACUACCCUAUUCUUUGUUUUGGUCGCUUCAACUUGUAUAGACUGUCCUGGGAGCAUAUCUUGCUAGGACUGGGACCUCGUCAUGGUAAAGCUGCCUGGUUCCGUUACUAUGAACUCUUCGGUUUGGCAUUUUUCAACUGGUGGUUCUUCUACCUCGUUGUCUACAAAUCCAUCCCGGACAAUUGGACAAGAUUCAUGUAUAUCAUGGUCAGUCACAUUACAACAAUGAUCGUCCAUGUGCAAAUCACAUUGAGUCACUUUGCAAUGUCGACAUCGGACCUUGGUGUUCACGAGUCGUUCCCUUCAAGACAGAUAAGGACCACUAUGGAUGUUGACUGUCCUGAAUGGUUUGACUACUUCCAUGGAGGGUUGCAGUUCCAGGCAAUCCACCAUCUGUUCCCAAGGGUCCCAAGACAUAACUUCCGUAAGUUACAGCCCAUGGUGAUUGGCUUCUGUGACAGAGUUGGGUUGAAGUACUCGAUCUAUGGGUUUGUUGAAGGUAACGAGGUUGUUAUCAGUAAGCUUGGUGAGAUUGCAAAACAGGCAAAGAUCUUGAAAGAGUGUACCAAGACUAUGUCAGAGGAGGCCAUAAGCGAAGGAAGAUUCUUCAUGGAGAUAAAUUAAGAACUAGAUCAAGAAGAAAAGAAGAAGAAGAAUACAACAAAGGCUAUUUAUAAACAAUAAAAGUUUUCCCAUUUUAUCAUCAUCUAUAGGUUAUCUCUCGUUUCAAUCAAUUUGUUCCAUCCAUCAGAAUCUUCCCAUGACGUUCUUCCCUUUGACAUGAGUGACUUUAUGGUCUGCUUAGCCUUAUACUUCCAGUCUUUACAGACAACAUCUCCUGCUCCCAAACGACCUGGCAUUUCACCAAGGGACUCAUAAGCAGAACAUAGAUCA